AUGAGGUGGAGUCCAGUUUGCUUCAUGGCAGUGGCCAUGCUUAUCGGUCUGUGUGACGCUCAAUCUGUGAAGGGACAGAAAACACUACCGACGUGGCCUUCCCAACCGCUUCCUCAGGAGCCUGCUCAACUCCUUCCUCAGACGCCUGUCCAACCCCUUCUUCAGAAGCCUGCCCAACCCCUUCCUCAGUGGACUAUCCAACCCCUUCCUCAGUGGCCUGCCCAACCCCUUCCUCAGUGGCCUGCCCAACCCCUUCCUCAGAGGCCUACCCAACCCCUUCCUCAGAGGCCUACCCAACCUCCUCAGUUGCCCGCCCAGCCCCUUCCUCAGAGGACCGCCCAACCCCUUCCUCAGUGGUCCGCCCAGCCCCUUCCUCAGAAGCCCGCCCAGCCCCUUCCUCAGAGGCCCACCCAACCCCAUCCUCAGACUCCCGCCCAACACCGUCUUCAGACUUCCGCCCAACCCCGUCCUCAGACUCCUGCCCAACUCCUUCAUCAGAAGCCUGCCCAACCACCUCAGGCGCCUAGGUUACCCACUGGCCCGAUACACCAAGGCCCAAAGCAGACCUGUGAUGUUGAGGGCAACGACAGGGUGCAAUGUGGACUUCCUGACAUCACUGGUGCCAAAUGUGAGGCCAUAAACUGCUGUUUCGAUGGGCGUAUGUGCUUCUAUGGGAAAGCAGUGACUAUCCAGUGUACCAGGGAUGGCCAGUUUGUGGUGGUGGUUGCCAGGGAUGCUACUCUGCCCAACCUGGAGCUAGAUUCUAUCAGCCUGCUAGGGGGGAACGGAGCCCACUGCACCCCUGUCGGCAUCACUUCUGRUUUUGCCAUCUACCAAUUCAAAGUCACUGAAUGUGGAACUGUCAUGACGGAGGAACCUGGUACUAUUUUCUAUGAGAACAGGAUGUCCUCCUCAUAUAUAGUGGGGAUGGGACCCAUCGGCGCCAUCACCAGGGGCAGCCAAUUUAAUCUAAUAUUCCAGUGCAGAUAUAGCGGCAUCGUGAUUGAGGCUCUUGUGAUUGACGUGAAGCAGGUGCCUCCCCCAAUUCUUCUACCAGCUCCUGGACCCCUCAGAGUUGAGCUCAGACUGGCCAAUGGAAUAUGCCUCACCAAGGGAUGUAAGGAAGAGGAGGCGGCCUACACCUCUUACUACACGGAGGCAGACUACCCUAUCACCAAGUUCCUCAGGGAUCCUGUGUACGCUGAGGUUCGCAUCCUGGAGAGGACAGAUCCCAACAUUGUGCUGACCCUGGGUCGCUGCUGGGCCACCACAACCCCCGACCCUCUCAGCCUACCCCAGUGGAACCUUAUAAUUUAUGGAUGUCCGUACAAGGAUGACCGGUACCUGACCAUGCCCAUCCCUGUGGAAGCCUCCUCUGGUCUGUCCUUCCCAACCCACUACAGGCGCUUCGUCCUCAAGAUGUUCACCUUUGUGGAUCCGACAUCUAUGUCCCCCCUGAGGGAGAGGAUGUUCAUCCAUUGUAAUACAGAUUUGUGCCAGCCAUACCAGGAAAACUGGUACUGUGUACCAAGAUGCUUCAGAACGAGGAGACACAUUGCCAAUGCAGUUCAGAAGACUACCAGAAGCGAGUCUACUUUGGUUUCCAGUGGCGAACUGAUCCUGACUCAAGCAAGCCCACCAACUAGAAUAUUGGUUGACUGA